GGAUAUAUGAAUUAUAUGUUUGACGUCACAUCCGCGGCGCCAAACCCGCUCCAAAGAAAACAUACGUUCAAGUUAAAACGUUGAAGCUUCCUUUUAGACAAGUCUAUAUUUUAUCUAAAGUGUUUACUGUGAGAAACACGAAUCCUGCGUUCAUUUCGUAACGACGAAAAGUUUAGCUUGACCACAGAAGAAGUUGUUAGCCUCCUAGCUAGUAGCUGCUUUUGGUUAUCGUAUCACAGAAGAGUAUUCCGCUCGGAACAAUUCGUCGUGUGGAGCUUUAAUUUAUUUUAGCAGUAUUCAUGGACCUGGGACCGUUUGAAGCAGAUAAUUCUGUCAGCUGCCGGCUGUCCUCUCAGAUCCCUGACAUCUGCAGGACGGAGGACUGCUGUUUGGGGGUUGACGAGGCGGGCAGGGGGCCUGUUCUGGGUCCCAUGGUGUAUGGAAUAUGCUUCUGUCCAGUGUCUAAAAAACAGGAGUUGAAGGACUUGAAAGUUGCAGACUCAAAGACGCUGUCAGAAGAAGAAAGAGAAAACCUUUUCCAGAACCUGGAUGAAGCCAAAAGUUAUGUUGGUUGGGCGUUGCAUGUUCUCGCGCCCAACACCAUCUCCACCAGCAUGUUACAAAGGAUGAAAUACAACCUGAACGCGCUCUCACACGAUACCGCCAUCAGUCUAAUACAGUAUGCACUGGACAGUGGAGUGCAGCUCAAAGAGAUCUUCGUGGACACGGUUGGUCCGGCAGAGAAGUACGAGGAGAAACUUUCCCAGCGGUUUCCUGGCAUCGAGGUCACUGUUAGACCAAAAGCCGACUCCCUCUUCCCAGUCGUCAGUGCAGCCAGUAUCUGUGCAAAGGUUGCCAGAGAUCGUGUUGUGAAAGGCUGGAAGUUUGCAGAAGAUUUAGGAGACGUGGAUGCAGAUUACGGUUCAGGAUAUCCUAACGACCCCAAGACUAAAGCGUGGCUUCUGAAGUACCUGGACCCCGUGUUUGGUUACCCGCAGUUUGUUCGCUUCAGCUGGAGUACGACACAAACUCUGCUGGACAACAAGGCUGUGACGGUGCACUGGGAUGACGAUGAAGAGGACGGAGAGAAAGCAGCCAAGCGGAUGAAUAACAAGUCGAUGCUGUCGUUCUUCAGCGCACCAGCUGGAAGUAACGACCAAAGCCGCCAAACGCACCGAUUCUUCACCGACCGGAGGCUGAAAGGUCUGAGCAGUCUCUGAAGGCACAACCUCUGGCUAUUUUCACUCUUCUUUUCUACAAUAAACUUCUCACAACUAGAAA